AUGGAUACUUUCAAUACAACAGUUGUUGAUUGUGAAUAUUGUGUUAACAGACAUUAUUCAAAUGGUACGACUUCAGAGACACGAUAUGAUUGUAUUCAAUUAACUAAUACAUAUAAAACUAUAUCACAACGAUGUCAAGGAUUUUCUAAUACAACUGAUAUUGGUUAUGGAACAUGUUUACCAUAUCCAUAUGAAUUGUUGAAUACAUCAGUACUUUGUAUUUGUGCUACAGAUAAAUGUAAUACUGAUUUAGCAUCAUGUAACAAAUCAGUAACAAAUCAAAUUCAAUCAAAUUCAGCACCAUCUGUCCUUCCUUCAAUUAUUCCAACCUUAUCAACACCAAUUUCAUGUGUUGAUACACUAAACCAAGUAAAUAUAUCAACAGGUUCAUACUAUAAUUGCAUGCAAUAUGGUUCUUCUUAUGUAAAUUUAACAAAAUGCCAUGAAUAUAUAGUUAAUAAUACAGUUUUAUGUUGGUAUUAUGGUGUUGAAGCUUAUUCUGAACCAAUACCUUUGACCAAGGAUAUAUACACACUACCUACAGUUGAUUUGAUUCAUACAAUAUAUCAAUAUAUUCGAUAUAAUAAUUAUACAUACUUCUCUAAUGAAAGUUCAUCUUUUUUUUAUAUUAGCUCGAGAGAAACAUCUGCUAAUGCAACAGCUAUGAACACAUGUAUAUGUGCUCAAAAUAAUUGUAAUUCAAAUUUAAUUACUUGUCUCACAGCAACCAAAUCAAUAGAAACACAAAAUAAUUCGACAAAUGCUACUCAAACAACUGCAUCACUUACUCAGAUGAAUUCUCCAGAUGAUAACACUUCUCUUGAUAUCUUAUUUAGUAAAUUAAAUAUUCCAUUGAAUUGUCUUGAUAAUUCUCAUAUUCGACAACAUUAUCUCGAAGAAUACUCUGCUAAAUAUUCUAAAGCAAAAUAUUUAUUAAGCAAUGCUCGAAAGAAACAACGGAAAAUUAUUAUUAGUUAUUAUAAAGAAAAAGAAAAACAAGAUAAUAUCGAUGAACUACAAACAAUAAAACAAUCAUUACUUGAAGAAAAUGAAAAAAUAAAAAGAUUUAAAGAAGCUUUAAAAGAUAAACUUCUUGUAUAUCAACAACGUAUACAAUUUCUUAAGGAUGCGGAAUUUUGGUCAGCAUUUGAAAUUCAACAAUUACAAAAUAAUACUAAUGAAUUAUGUCAAGUUAAUACAGAAAAUCAUCCUAGUCUUCCAGAUUUACCUGCCGCCAAUGAUAGUCUCGAUCUAUUACAUGGUCAUGAACACACUAAAUAUCCCGACAAUUUUCUCGAUGAUUCAAGUCUGAAUAAUACUGAUGAUCAUGAUGAUAGUAAACCCAGUUAUCAUGAUUCAUUUCUAAUAAAAGAUCAUCGUUGUAUCGAUAAUAUUUUAAAAUCACGAAAACAAUCACAUAUGAAAGUAAGUUGA